AUGCGAAUAUUUCUUCUAAUACUAAACAUUUUUGGAUAUCUAACGCCAAUCCUUACCCACGUGACAUUUACUAACCUAAAGUGCGGUACAAAAGAUAAGAACUACGCCGAAUUCGGAAAGUGUAGCAUAAAAGCUGUGAACCGUACCCAUAAGUACAUGGAUAUUCACGUUAAUCUGUAUCAAAAACCAGUACGUAAUAUCACAGUAAUUUUCCAGCUCCACGUCAAGUUAAUGCGACGCGAUCAUGGCUAUAAACUAUUUUUCAUGGAUGUCAAAGUUGACAUUUGCAUGUUUCUGAAACAACAACGGCAACCAUUUAUUAAAAUGAUUUAUGAUAUGUUCAAGAAUAAUUCCAACAUUAACCACACUUGCCCCUAUGAUCACGACAUUCUGGUGGACCAUCUUUGGACUGGCAAUCUGGAAACCAAUGUCCUGAAUUACAUUCCCUUGAUAAAUGGCGACUAUGCCCUCUUUUCCGAAUGGUCUGCUUAUAAUGUUGUUCGUGCGUUUAUAAAUCUAUAUGUUAGGGUAUCAGAUACGCGGGAAUGAAAUAAAUUAGUAAAAAAUGCUGUAAAAGUAUAUUUUUGUUAUAUAACU